AUGCUGCCGCCUGCCUUUGACGUCGACGUUAGCGGCGCCGCCAGCAGGAGCUACAAGUUCUACACCCUCGCCGACAACAAAAUCGUAACCCUAAGUACCGGAAAAAGCAGCAAAGAUAGAGAACUAACGGAUCCUCUCAUGUGUUUUAGGGGAUCUUCACACGGCUGGGUAGUUUUGUACGACCGCCGUAGUCUGGACAUGUUUCUCUAUAACCCAAUUACUCGGCGUCAUAUAAGCCUUCCUCCCUAUGAACACGUAGAUAAGGUCAUACUCUCGUGCUCCCCAGAUGAACCAAAUUGUCGGGCCAUCAUGAUCUACGACAAUUGUGGGUUGGCUUUCUGCUGUCCAGGGUUCAGCAAGGAGUGGACCCACCACGAUUUGGGCCGGGCCUUCCGUGAAGGGUACGUGGAUUGUGUGUUCUCUAAUCGACACGAAUCAUUGUUUAGCCUCACGAGACACGGGGAGUUGGAAUCCUGGGAUCUUCGGGACCCUGAGUCACCGAAGGCCAUGAAGAUAGCCGAUGUUAGUUACAAGAGUGGACGUAUUGGCUACCCGAGGACAGAGGAAGAGGAGAAGAAGCUGUGGCUGACUAAUGAGCCAAUGGAGCAUCUUGUAGUGGCCGGGCAGGAUCUUCUUGUGGUGACUCAAUACCCGGCCGACUCAUUUGAUUGUGAUGGUUUGUAUGUCGAUGGCAUUGACCCAGAUGCCUUGGCCUUCGAACGAGGACUUCCGAGUGUGACUGUUGAUUUUGAUGUUGAGAAAUAUGAUCCCGAGGAUGGGGAAGUUAAGUAUGUGGAAGAGCUCGGAUCACGGCGCAAGGGCAGCAAGGCGCGGGCGGACAACGAUGAAGGUGGAUGGCCGCAGAGCUAG